UUGAAAAUCAAAACGCUCCCUCUCUAACUCUGUACUUUGCCUCAUAAUCUCAUUUAAUUUCUUCUCUGUCACUCUCUCAUUUCUCCUCUGUUUGAAUCUAUCCGCUCCGCAGCCGAGAAAUAUAUCUCAAUCCCGAUGCGGGCAGUCUUUAAGCACCUCUUCUUCUCUCCUUUCUGUAAAUCCAAAUCUUCCCAUUCCUUCCCUUUGAGCAUCGCCGACGUGCUUUUACUUCAAGACCACGAAGAACAAAGCCUUGUUCUGAUGGACGGCUGCAGAGGAUUAAACUGCUCCACGCUCUGUCGGAUUGCUGCUCGCUUGUUCUCCGGCCUUAAACGUUGCAAGAUGCAGAGAAUUAUCGGUGAGAGAAAAAAAGAAGACGGUGAAGCGGCACCACCUGAUGUAUCCGACGCUCCUGAUUCGUCACCAUCAGAAAGAUGUAGGAGGGAAUCUAAUUUCAAUGUGGGAAUAGGGUGCUGUUUGGUCCAACUGGUUGCCGAGUGUAAAAAUGAACUUCAGAAAAUGACGGAAUUGAGAAUCCAAAUGGAGAGUGUUCUUCAAAAUGUUAAACAGGAACUCCGAAAUAAUGAUUUACUAGUUGCUAAGAAGCUUGAAUCAAACGAUGGGGUUGAGGAAGGUUUGGGUUUUAACAGCAAUCUGAGAUCAAAUAAAGACGAUUGUUUGGUGGGAAUGGAUAGACUUGAAGCAGAACUUGAAGUUGAGUUAGAACGUUUACAGCACCAUUUGGAUUCAGGCAAAUUGUCUACAAACCCACCUCAUGAAACCAUAGAGGAGGGUACUGUUAACACUUCAGUGAGAAGCUACAGUAAAAGCUAUGGAGAAGUUAUUGACCCUACAAUUGAUGGUGAAGAAAAAGACUGUUGGGACUCGCAUUCUGGGGUUCCUCCACAUGAACUCGAGAGAAAGUUGCGUGAAUUGGUGGAAACAAGGCAGGAACAACAGAUAAGAGAAUUAGAAGCUGCUUUGGAAAGUGCAAGGCAAGAGCUUCUUGAAAAGGAAAGAGAGAUUUCUUGGUGGAAAGACACUGCGCGCCUCAUGUCGAGGCAUGUUGAAGAACCUUCAAGACUUAAUCUCCAGCAUGGACAACAUCCUCACCCCAUAGGGUGAGAAAAAUUCAUACUUACUAUAGUACUUGUGAGAGUCGUAUGUAGCUCAAAUCAUCAUGUGUCCGGUGCAGUUGUUGGUGUUCUUCCCUUUGUAUUAGUAGUCUUUGUUUUUUUUGCUUAGAGCAUUUGCAUUGUUUGAUAUAUUUAGUUGAUUAGUUUGCAAGUGUAAUGAGAAGUAGGAAAACUUGAAUGAAACUAAUACACAGGUUGAAGGGAUAUAGUUUGUCAAUGGAUGGCUUGCAUAAAACUGGUUUCGUUUUAUCAUUAUUAUUACAUGUAUAUUAGCUAUGAGAUGCUUC